CCUGCUUCGUCAUUUUCUCUCUCUCUAGACAAUAGCGGGCCUGCAUUUUCGGCAUCUUUUCCCCGUUUCGCAGAGCCGAUAGCAUAGCAGAGACAAAACAGGGGAAGAGAGAAUAUAGAAAAACAGAGAGAGAAAGAGAGAGAGAGGAUUCCAAGAAUUGAUCAAAGAUGCAGAGAUUCAUGGUGAAGGGGGCGAAAUCGGGAAGAGAUUUGCGCCGCUGGCGCCGUUUCUUCUCCCAACUAGCGCAGAAAGAGCCCUCUUUCCAUGAAAAUGACGCCUCCAUUCCUAAAAUGCCCCCCUUCAACUACUCUCCUCCUCCCUACACCGGCCCCUCCGCCGCCGAUGUCCUCAGCAAACGCAAGGACUAUCUCAGCCCCUCCUUGUUCCACUUCUACGAAAAACCUCUGAACGUGGUGGACGGUAAGAUGCAGUACCUGUUCGACGAAAACGGGCGGCGAUACUUGGACGCCUUCGGAGGAAUCGCUACGGUGUGCUGCGGGCACUGCCAUCCCGACGUGGUCGCGGCCACGGUGAACCAAAUCAACCGCAUCCAACACUCCACCGUCCUCUACCUCAACCAUGCCAUCGCCGAUUUCGCCGAGGCUCUCGCGUCCAAGUUGCCCGGAGAUCUCAAGGUGGUGUUUUUUACGAACUCCGGAACGGAGGCAAACGAGCUGGCGAUAAUGAUGGCGAGACUGUACACGGGGAGCCACGACGUCGUUUCGCUCAGGAACGCGUACCAUGGUAACGCAGCCGGGACGAUGGGGGCCACCGCGCAGAGCAUAUGGAAAUUUAAUGUUGUUCAGAGUGGUGUCCAUCAUGCUUUGAAUCCAGACCCAUACAGAGGUGUCUUUGGCUCUGAUGCAAAGAAGUAUGCAAAUGAACUCCAAGAUCUCAUUAACUUUGGAACCUCUGGCCAAGUUGCUGGUUUUAUUUGUGAAGCCAUACAGGGAGUUGGGGGAAUAAUAGAAUUAGCACCAGGUUACUUGCCUGCUGCAUAUGACAUUAUAAAGAAAGCAGGUGGCCUUUUUAUUGCAGAUGAGGUUCAGGCUGGGUUCGCUCGCACUGGGAGCCAUUUCUGGGGGUUUGAGAACCAGGGUGUUGUGCCAGACAUUGUGACCAUGGCAAAGGGCAUUGGAAAUGGUAUUCCAAUUGGUGCUGUCGUUACUACUCCUCAGAUUGCAGAAGUUUUGACUCGCCGCAGUUACUUCAACACUUUUGGAGGAAAUCCAUUAUGUACUGCCACAGGGCUGGCUGUUCUGAGAGCAAUAGAGAAAGAGAAGCUUCAGGAGAAUGCAUUUGUUGUGGGGUCUUAUUUGAAAGAGCGCCUCACUUCCCUUAAGGAUAAGCAUGAAAUUAUUGGAGAUGUGAGGGGAAGAGGAUUGAUGCUUGGAGUUGAACUUGUGACUGAUCGCCAACAGAAAACUCCUGCGAAGGCUGAAACAGCUCAUGUAAUGGACCAGAUGAAAGAAAUGGGAGUCUUGAUUGGCAAAGGUGGAUUUUAUGGGAAUGUGUUUAGAAUCACACCUCCUCUCUGCUUCAAAAAGGAAGAUGCAGGUAGGUUUUGCUUGUAUGUAGACUAUAAUGGAUCAUCUCAUUCGCAACAUUAUAUUUUGGGGCAGAUUGAUGCUCUUCACCUUUCCUUCCGAUUCUCACCAUGGUAUCCCUUAAUGCGUAUCUAUUUUCUUCUAUGGUUGCAGAUUUCCUCGUGGAUGUGAUGGAUUUCACAAUGUCGAAGAUGUAAAGCUUCUUACUUUUAAUGGGGGGAGAAGUCUAUUUAGAGAAUUCCCAAAUAAAUCUAUCUACUGCUGUAACUUUGUGUGUCUGCUGCAAGUGAAAAUUAAUAUAUAUGUUUCCUGCUUCUGAUGAAUGAGUUGCAGCCAUCAUAUGGAAGGAGGAAUAAAAGAGCCAACAACUCGUUGUCUCUCCCAUAUCUUUCUGGACUCCUGGUUUUUGCUUGAAUUACUUGUGCUGUCCACUAAAUAAUUGGCGUGAACUCUCUCUCUCUCUCUCUCUCUCUCCCUCAUUACCUAUUUGUCCUCUUUAAGUUAUGUAUACUUGAUGUCAAAAUGAAAGCAUAUUGUGAUCGCUCAA